AUGAGCCAAAACAACAGUGAGGUCUGCGCCUCCGGUGGCGCGGCGAGAGGCACCAUUGCGCUGUCGCUUGUGCUCUGCAGCCGGGUGGUGUACGACGCGGCGCGUGGGCCCAUACCAUCACCGUCUUGUUCUCCGCUGCCGCCGCCAACGGCGAGCGGUGACGGCGUGGUGAGGCGGCUUUCACUUAACGACCCAGGUGACGCUGCAUCCAACAGCAGUAGUUGUGCGGCGCUGCUGCAGUUUGUUCGACAGGAUUUGAAGACGGCAAUUGGGAUGCGCCACACCACAACUGUUACUGUUACACCCACCGCAGACUCCCUGGCCCCGGUGCGGCUCUCUAUUGAGAUUGUAGUCUGGAACCUCAGCCAGGGCGGGGAACUGACUUCGGAGGAAACUGUUUCUAGGCUUGCUCCCUAUAUUGGUCAGCCUUCAGCCUUUUCUUCUACCCGUGCCUUCAUUGGGAGUAACAUGCGUCCCAGUCGCAUACUUACUAUCAAUGCCGCGAAGUCAACACUGAAUGGGGUCCCUCUAGUAGCCCUGAAGAAGCAUCCCCAACAUCCAUCAGAGGCAAGUAUUGCCGAGCCCAUUGAAAUACAGCCGCUUUCCCCAUUGUCCCUGUACCGGUACAAACAGCUACAGGAAAGGAUGGGUAAUGACACCCGUACUUCAGGUCGGGCGCGCCAGUUGCGCGCCGUGACAAUGACGCCAUAUAAUCAGGAACAACACGAGAGUUUUCAUCUGCAGCAGAAGCAUAGCACUUUGUCUUCAUAUUCUAAGGAGCAGACCAACAGCACCAGGAGUCUCUCUUCGCGCCAGCAGCCGUUGAUGUCUCCGCUCCCUUCCUCGGAUGCCUCUUUGGCUGAGACGGUAGGGUGUCGUACCACGCUCUCGACGUUGGGCACAGGACAGACAGGUGACUGUGCUCUGACAGUGCCAAGCAAUAAUGGGUGUACUCGUCCUCUUCCGUCGUCAUCACCGUCACCACCGCAACAGCUACAACAACACAAACAGCAACAGAGGCCCAUGAUGCGACGAGCACAAGUGCAUGUUGUGUCGAGUUUGCCGGACCCACUUGGACUUGCACUGUUCCAGCCGAUACUUCUCUCGUCAAAGGCUUUAUUGGCUAUAAAAGAUGAUAUCGUUGAUCGGGCACUCGUUGACUGCUGUAAACCAAGCGAUGUGCACGUGGAAGUGAUGGUGUCGUGCGAUGCGGGUGCGCCAAGUGAAGUCUCUUCUUCUUCCUCCCCACCAACGCCAGCUCAUCCAUUGCAUGCUGGUGCCUUGCAUAUUGUGGUAGAAGUACCAGUACGCCUGGAGCUCGCGGCCAUGUACGCAGUAGCGGACCAUCUCCUCGCACCUGAUGCAUUGGCAGCAUGGCUGAAUGCUGUCAGGAACUUGGUCGGUGAAACGUACACUCCCCGCGUUGUAGAUCGUGUGAACACAUAUGUUAACGAUAUACCUCUUAGCUUUUUUGAGGAUUUUCUUUCAAGGCGAUGGGGCCCCACCGCCGGGGUGUUCCUCACGCCUGGGAAUGGCGAUAACACUCUGGGUAAUGACCGUGCCUCGUCAAAGCGGACGCCCUCGUCCUCCCCGCUCAAGACAGUGACGGCGCUCCAGCGGAGUAUGCCGGAGGAGGACGAAGUGCCAUCCAUGCUCACCGCUGAGAUCGAGGAGAAUGAUGGGUAUCUCCAGGAAAUGCCCAGCACCGCUGUCCGAAGCAUGCGUGUGCAGGAGGAGAUUGAGCAGCGGCGUAGUCACUCUCAAACGGUUGUCGCAGAGAAUGAGUUGCUGGAAUAUGGGCAGCUGCCGCCCCUUUCCUCCCCAAUGUUCGUAGGGCCGAAUGCAGACCCUGCGGAUCUUACUUGCAGUCACUUUGAAUCGCUGAGCUCCCUUACAGAGGUGAGUGAGUCUGAGAGUGCGCAAACCAUCGUUAAUGGUGGUGCUUGGGGCCAACUGUGGGGGAGUGUUGGUGGUGGCGGCGGCGACGGUGGGGCGCCGUUCACUAGUAGUGACAAUGAACCAAAAUUGUUCAGUUCCUCGCGGACCGCGUUGCCAGCGGAUCUCACAACCAUGAGGCCAACAGAAGCUCAAAUUCCCUCCAAUGCCCCCAAUCGAGAUGAUAACGGCAAUGCCUAUGACAGCAGGAGCAGCAACCCAGACAACAAAAAUCCCAACAGGAGAAUGGAUUUUUGUGCUCGGUCGGUGCUGGCGAAUGUGAGUGGUGACGCCAAUACUCAAACGGCAGCUGCGACGACGCGAGAGCGAAAACACACAGGAGAGCCGGCUACUGCUACUCUCAGUUCAGGUGAUACGGGUGUGGGUGUAGUCCGAAUGAAGCCAAUCACCACAAAAGGGGGUGGUGAGCAUGGCACGGCCUCCGAGGUGCCGUCCGUGCCUAUGACUGACACAGUGAAGAGUCCUAGUAUAUCGCGAAGUAGCAGAGUGAAUGACAAGACGGGAAAUGACGAGAUGCAUGUGCGCCAAAGACAGACGUAUGAAGAGGCUUCAGACGAUGCAACCGCAACCUCAUCGGAUGGCGAGGUGAUUUUUCAUGCACUCAUCACAUUCAACCUCACUCAACACGACCGGAAGUUAAUGACGCAGCUGAAGCGGCGCGCCAAGGAAGUCCAAGAGAUGUAUCGACAUGAUUGGCAAGAUGCGCUGCGUGACGCGGUUUUGGAACAUGCGUCGAAGGUUCAGAGCAGCGAGCCUCCAUUCCGUCAUUCACUCCAAAGUGAGAGGACAAUUGUUUCACCGUUCGCGGGAGACACGAGGGUUGUGGAAGGCCAGGAUCGAUGGAGGGUUCGGGUUACAAAUGACGGUGCGAAGGACAACAUCAACGGCAGUAGCUGCAUGUUGGAAGAUGCACUGAGGCUAGAAGCGGAACGGGAUGGAACCCGCAGACCGCUGUGCAUCACCCUGCUCUGCGUCAUUCACAUGACGUUCAUGCGGCCACCGUCAAUUGCCUCGUACGCUUCCCUUUCUGCAGCGCUUGGAAACUAUGAAGAGUCGGAGGGAUCAGUGGUGCUGGGGAUGAUGCUAGAUUACCUCACUUCGCCCACCAACUUCAAGAGGAUACGGCGCUUCUGUGCCGACCACGUAUUUAACGGGAGAAGUAACCGCAGUAUAAACAUAAACAGCCCCUUGCUGUCGAGUCGAUCCACCGAGAGGAAUAGCGGCGCGUGUGAUUUGCUGCAGGUAGACUUCAGUCGCUCCUUCAUCAAUGGUGUGACCCUGUCUUCGUUGCUGGAUGAACGAUGA